AUGUCUACAAAUUCCAUCAAAUUGCUAGCCAGUGAUGUUCAUAGAGGCUUGGCUGAACUAGUUGCCAAAAGAUUGGGUAUGAAAUUGACGCCUUCUGAAUUGAAAAGAGAUUCAACAGGAGAGGUUCAGUUUUCCAUUGGGGAAUCAGUUAGAGACGAAGACAUCUUCAUAAUUUGUCAGAUUGGAUCAGGAGAGGUUAAUGACCGAGUUAUAGAGUUAUUGAUCAUGAUAAAUGCUUGUAAAACCGCCAGUGCAAGAAGAAUUUCUGUUAUAUUGCCAAACUUUCCAUAUGCCAGACAAGAUAGAAAGGAUAAAUCCAGAGCACCUAUUACUGCCAAAUUAAUGGCGGAUAUGUUGACGACAUCGGGAUGUAACCAUGUCAUUACUAUGGACUUACAUGCCUCCCAGAUUCAAGGGUUUUUCGAUGUUCCAGUGGACAAUUUAUAUGCCGAGCCAAGUGUGGUGAGAUAUAUUAAAGAAACUAUCAACUAUAAAGACGCAAUCAUGAUCUCUCCUGAUGCCGGUGGUGCAAAGAGGGCUGCAGGUUUAGCCGACAGGUUAGAUUUGAAUUUUGCCUUAAUCCACAAAGAAAGAGCCCGGGCGAACGAAGUGUCGAAGAUGGUCUUAGUCGGUGAUGUAACUGACAAGAUCUCUAUUAUUGUCGACGACAUGGCUGACACAUGUGGUACUUUAGCUAAAGCAGCUGAAGUUUUAUUGGAUAAUGGUGCAAAAGAGGUUAUUGCUAUUGUCACCCACGGGAUUUUGUCCGGUAACGCAAUCAAAAACAUUAAUAAUUCUAAAUUGACUAAGGUUAUUUGUACAAACACCGUUCCAUUUGAAGAAAAAUUACUGCUUUGUCCUAAGUUAGACACCAUUGACGUUUCUGCCGUAUUGGCAGAAGCUAUCAGAAGAUUACAUAAUGGUGAAAGUAUCUCUUAUUUAUUUAAAAAUGCUCCAUUAUAG